GACCUGGAGGAAAACUCCUUAAAAACUAUGGAAAAAUAGAAGUACUUUUCCAAGUAGAUGAUUAUGCUGAAUACAUUAAAAUAUCUAUUAUCGAAGGAAACCAACCUUAUAUGCUUCUAUCAGAAGCUGACAAAGCUCGAUUCAAAAUCUCUAAAGAUAGAGAAGGACGCAUAGCAACUAUCAAUGAGAAACCAAUCAAUUACCAAGAUGUUGAAGAAUAUUACCAAAUACCUAAGGAGAUACCCCCUCAAAACGAGAAAAAACCCCUCAAUAGUGUCCAACGUGGUAUCAAAGAACAAGAAACUCUGCUGAAAGAACAAGUUAAAAGAAACAAUCAAAGACACAAAUUAAUAGGAACAACCUGCGAUGAAAAAUGGAAUGAAAUAGUUAAAACAGCUCUAGCAACUUACUCCAAUAUCCUACAGAUCUUUCUGACCUAUCAAGAAAUAAAUAGACAAUUCAAAAAUGAACAAGAAAAAAGAUAUACAAUGCUACAAAAUGGAGAACCAGAUAUGACAGAAGACAAUAAUAUAAUAAUAGGCAAUAAGGCAAUUGGGCUAAAAAUGGUAUUACAUAUAACAUUAGGUUUGUAUAUUAAUGGACCACUAUGG